GUGAGCCUGUCUCAAAAAAAAAAAAAGACAUAUUAAGGAACUGACUGGAUAUGCUGUUGAGAUGCAGAGAAGACUCUCGCUUAGGUAUCUAUCUGUUAGUUUGUUGGUGCAAUUCAGGGGAAAAAAGGCAAAGAGGGGAGGGUGGAGGUUGUUUGCCUGAGUUUGCAUUUGUAUUAAGUUGACGCUGUGUUUGACGUGCUUACUAGGACAAAUGGAUCAAAGCAUGCUGUAAACAAGGGUAUGUUCGGAAACAAAUCUGGAUGUUAGUUUAAAGCAUGGAAGUAAGACUCUUCGGGAAGAGUGAAGUAUUGGAGAUAAGGAAGCAGAGUACAGCUAGACUCGCGGAUAUAGGCAUGGGCAAAGGAACGCGAGCAGGGUAAGGAAAGUCCUAGAGGUAGGAAGAAAAACAGAAGGCAACAUUUUCAAAGAGGAGGGGGUAAGUUUCAAGGUGAUAUCAGACGCCUCCUGGAGGCCAAAAGGAGGAUGGCAAACCUUUUCUAGCCUUGGUUAAACUCCAUUCCGAGGAGCGCUAGCAAAUGGGGAUGGGACGAAGCCCCACUGCAAACCAGUGACUGCAUUGAGAGGAAAAGAGGUAGUCGUGUAUUUUAAGGGAGUUUGGCUGUGAUGAGGCAGAAAGAGUAGGAUUUGGGAGGGUUAUUUAGGGCUGAAGGUAAUAAUCAGCGAAGGAAUCUCAUACCCUCAAAUGGGAGUAACUAUCCGUGUACUUAAUGUCUUCUGCGGUCCUUUAGGGUCCUUCUUGGGCUUUCCCAGGUCUAAAGGAGACACAAAGUGCAACCAACUAAAAAGGAAACAGCGUUUUGAUCGAAAACCUGUUUAAAAAUCCUGGCAUGCAAAUAAGGCGUUUUAAUAUGGCUCUCUGCGAUUGGUAGGAACUUACAAAAUCCGUCAUUUCCUCUUCGUGCAGGAUGCCAACCAAGAGUCUGUUUCUGGUUUGCUAUUGGCUGUUUGAUUUGGCUUCGCUUUUAGCCAAUCAAACCAGUUCCCUCACCCCUCCCGGGAGCUCUUAUAAAUUACAUCAAAUUGGUUAUCCUUUCCACAUCCAUCUCCUUGAAAAAGAAGCUGUAACUGCAUUUUUAGCCGUAAUGUCAGGACGCGGAAAGCAAGGUGGCAAAGCCCGCGCUAAGGCCAAGUCACGCUCUUCCCGCGCUGGCCUUCAGUUCCCAGUGGGGCGAGUGCACCGCUUGCUCCGCAAAGGCAACUACGCUGAGCGGGUAGGGGCAGGGGCACCGGUGUACUUGGCGGCUGUGAUCGAGUACCUGACCGCGGAAAUCCUGGAGUUGGCGGGGAACGCGGCCCGGGACAACAAGAAGACGCGAAUCAUCCCUCGGCAUCUGCAACUAGCUGUGAGAAAUGACGAAGAACUCAACAAGUUACUUGGGGGUGUCACUAUUGCCCAGGGUGGCGUCUUGCCCAAUAUCCAAGCUGUCUUGUUGCCCAAGAAAACGGAGAGUCACAAGCCUGGCAAGAACAAGUAGUAACUAGGAGGCUUAAUGUACGCUCACCCCAAAGGCUCUUUUAAGAGCCACCAAAGUGGCAAAUGAAGGGCUUAUCACGAAACAGCGCAUUAGCUCUUUUUUUGAAAACUUGGGUGGCUCUAAAAAGAG